GGCUGCUGAUAUUUUAUAAGAUCCAACUUGGAUAUGCGAAUCUUCCUCUCUCUCUCUCUCUCUCUCUCAAACGCUUUGAAUUCAUUAAUUCAUUCAUUAAUAUGCGUUCAUUGCAUUCCAAUGCAUUUAGAGAGAGAUGAUGUUCUCACUCGAUUUUUACGUUGUUUGCAUGGUUGGAGGCCUUCUCAGCUGCGGCCUCACUCAUGCUGGAGUCACCCCUCUCGACCUUCUCAAAUGUAACAUGCAGGCUAAUCCAUCAAAGUACACAAGCAUCAAAUGUGGGUUCAAUAAGUUGAUCAGGAGGCACGGCCCUGGUGCUCUAUUCAAAGGAUUGGUUCCCACAUUUCUUGGUUACAGUGCUCAGGGUGCUGUGAAAUUUGGGCUCUAUGAAUUCUUCAAGGCUCUCUAUGGAGGAGAGGGAGAUGGCAACAGUAAUGGUAGGCAUAAGACCCUCGUUUAUCUUGCGAGCUCUGCUUCAGCUGAGUUCAUAGCAGACAUUGCUCUCUGUCCUUUUGAAGCCCUCAAAAUUAGAGUUCAGACUCAUCCUGACUUCGCCAUUGGUUUCUUUGGGGCUGCUUUAGACAUUGUGGCCACACAGGGAAUCAAAGGGCUUUAUAAGGGAUUACUGCCUUUAUGGGGAAGACAGAUACCCUACACAAUGGUAAAAUUUGUAUGCUUUGAGAAGACAGUGGAAGGGAUUUACAAGCAUGGCUUGUCAAUGUCUAGAGAAGAAUGUCCCAAGUCAGUUCAGUUGGGAGUGAGCUUUCUGGCUGGUUACAUCUCAGGAAUAUCUUGUGCUCUUGUUUCACAGCCAGCUGAUAAUCUCGUCUCCCUCAUCAACAACUGCAAGGGCGAAACCCUAUCCACCGCGAUUGCAAAGGUGAGCAUUGCCUCUUUGUUUACAAGGGGUUUGACACUACGAAUCCUAAUGGUGGGUACACUCACUGGAGCACAAUGGGGAAUAUAUGACGCAUUCAAGGUCAUCAAUGGACUGCCUCCGUCAGGGACGAUGCCUUCAAACUCUGACAGCUCAAAGCUUGGGAGUGCUCUAAGUGACUCAUUGGCAGCUUGAAACUUUUCUAUUCAAUCAUCAUUGCCCAAGAGGCGACCCCCUGUGGUUUGAAGCUGGCUAUUUCAUUGAGUUGUAUCCUUCUGAUGUAAAUUCCAAUAUUUUCCUCCAGGCCAACUCCAAAGCCAUGGUUGCUGGAGAUGAAUUUUGUAUGAAAUCAUCCAUUGUCCCACAAUCAGAAAAAUUUAUAACGACUGCCAUUAUAAUUUUGUAUGGUGAAAUACAGAAGCUACAUGAUUCCUAUCCUGGUUGAUGGGAAGGUCCUCUUGACUUCCAGGAUCUUAGUAUUUAAUAGCAAAGCUCUGGAGGCAAGUCCUUACUC